AUGGCCUGUCUUACUCGUCCCAUCAUUAGGGAGUCUAGUCCUGUCUAUCAAGACAGGAAAGGGCGUAGUCCACGUACUACUGGUCCUGUUCUGAAGCAGGAUUCAGAAAGUUUUCCGAUUCUCUCUAGGAUUUCGAGUCGUCAUGUCUCACAAACUAGACUCGCGAGACCUCCAAUUUCGCCACCUUCAUCCGACACUCCCUAUGAAUUAUCAGACGACGAUAUCAUUGGACCUAUUACACCUCCUCCCAUACUUCGUCAUCUGUCUAAUUUCGCAAAGCGCGCAAGAGAAAGGCCCAAGCCCUAUCAAAGAAGUGGUCCCAACAUAGUAGGGCGCCUCUGUGGUGAGGAGGAGUGUUCGGGAUGCACUGACACCGGUGAUUUGUUGGAUGCUCAAGGGGCAAGAAUUCGAUCGCAACGUAUGUUGAAGCGCCUGACUCCCGAGGCCCGAGCACAAGCCAUGAUCGCGAUCCAAGCUGACAUUGAGUGGAGGCGCGUGCGUGCCAUCGCAGCCGCUUUGCACGUCGACGUGGUCCAGCAACAUUCUAUGUUUCUUGAUAUAACUGCCAAGAGUGAGGCUGAAACGUAUGUCAACGCCGCUGCGGAACCGUUCGUAACCGCCUCCGAAGCGCUCGCCGGCUACACCGCCGACGAGCUCAACUCCCGCGAAAAUUGUAGUAUCGCCGCAUUUGACCUUGAUGCGACGUCGUUCGCUACUGCUGACACGGAGUUCGAUCACGUCGAAAACUUUGCAUUGACUCUCCUGGACCCCGGGUCGGAUGGUAGUACCACCUCAGACGAUGAGGUAUUUGACUAA